UCACAUCAGACACUUCCUCAGUGCUAUCAGAUGCUGUGUGUCACGGACAGCAACUGUGCCUGCUCUCAGUUGUCUCUGUAACAGCAGAAACUGUAUUCACUAGAGGUGGCCUGAAUUCAAAAUGCUAAAGAGGAAGCCAUCCAAUGCUUCAGAGAAGGAGAAACACCAAAAACCCAAGCGCAGCAGCAGUUUUGGGAAUUUUGAUCGUUUUCGGAAUAAUUCUGUGUCAAAAUCUGAUGACUCAAUCGAGGUUCAAGGCAGGGGACUGGCUAAUGGAAGUGAAGAACAAAGCAAGACUUCAAGCAAUGGAGGAAGUCUAGGUAAAAAAGUGCGGGCUAUUUCAUGGACAAUGAAGAAAAAAGUAGGAAAAAAAUACAUCAAAGCUCUUUCUGAGGAAAAAGAGGAUGAAAGUGGGGAGGAAGCCCUCCAAUAUCGGAACAGUGAUCCCAUGAUUGGAACACAUACAGAGAAGAUCUCACUCAAAGCCAGUGACUCCAUGGACAGUCUAUACAGUGGACAGAGUUCAUCAAGUGGAAUAACAAGCUGUUCAGAUGGAACGAGUAAUCGGGACAGCUUUCGACUGGAUGAUGACAGCCCCUACACAGGGCCAUUCUGUGGCCGUGCCAGAGUGCACACAGACUUCACACCAAGUCCCUAUGACACUGACUCCCUUAAAAUCAAGAAAGGAGACAUCAUAGACAUUAUCUGCAAAACACCGAUGGGAAUGUGGACAGGGAUGCUGAACAAUAAAGUGGGCAACUUCAAGUUUAUUUAUGUGGAUGUGAUCUUGGAAGAGGAAGCCGCUCCUAAGAAAAUAAAGGUGACCAGAAGCAGUAAAAGAGAGAAUUCCCAGACUCUGCAGGAGUUCUUGGAGAGGAUUCACCUUCAGGAAUAUACUUCAACACUUCUGCUCAAUGGCUAUGAGACCCUGGAUGACUUGAAGGAUAUCAAAGAAAGUCAUCUCAUUGAAUUAAACAUUGCUGAUCCAGAAGACAGGGUGAGGCUACUGUCUGCUGCCGAGAGUCUCCUGGAUGAAGAAACUGCUGCAGAGCACGAAAAGGAACCUGUGCCUCUCUCCUCAAAACCAGACAUCUUAAGUGAAUCACAGUUAGAGGAAUGCCCGAGGGACUCUGGCUGUUAUAGCUCAUCAGGAAACUCAGAUAAUGGCAAAGAAGAUCUGGAGUCAGAAAAUCUGUCUGACAUGGUACAGAAGAUUGCCAUCACAGAGCCCAGCGACUGAACAUACAUUCUCACGUCCACAGCUGAAUUCCAUUUGAACUCUUUGUCUGCAUUCCAAAGUGCAAAGUGUUUUGUGUGUGUGUGUGUGUGUGUGUGUGUAUGCCAAGUGUUUUAAUCUGAAUGACUGCACAUGCAAAUUUAUAUUUCUCCCUUACCAAUGAGUGUGCAUAAAAUGUAUAUUUAUUAAAUACUAUGUGUUAAAGUUUACCUGCCUAUAACUAGAAAAAAGAUAUAAUGCAAGCCCGUGUGUGGUAUGUACUGUGUUUACCCUAUUUCAUAAGUAUAAAAAAAUAUAGACAUGGAGAGCAUGUACUAAUGUAUAUUAUUGAAUUUUUUAUAGAAGUUUAAGUUGAACUAACUUCUAUAGGUAGAAUAUAUACUCGUUUUUUAAGUACUAGUAAAAUGAAGAUUAGAGACUUAGUUGUACUCAAAGAUGGAGUUUUAGUAACAAUUUUCUGUUUAUUUCUUCACUCUGUUAUCUGAUAUGCAGAUAGAGUUAACAAUAUACUGUCUGUUUUAGUCUAGUAAAUAGUUGUAGAGAAGUGGUCUAGUAAACAAAAAUGUUUUAUCUUUUUAUGUAAAUAUUUUUUAAUUUUUCUAUACCUAAUAAUAAUAAAAUAAACUAUUGUACAUAUUGUA